CUUAGAGACCUGAUCCCCGCAGUUCUCCGAAACGCGUAACUACAACAUUUUUGAACUUUUUUCAUUAUUUUCCUUUUUCCAAUUUCUAUUGUUGAUCAGCCAACCCAACAUUCUCCUAAUAUUCUUACAAGAUGGUCAAUGUAUAAUGCUUUUAUACAUCAUCUUGAAUAGAAAUUGGUGCAGAGUCUUACUACGACAAUUGGUUAUCAUCCAUCCUCCAUCAUUUAUGAUCCCCAAAGCUUCUUUAUCGUCCAUCGUUACUUUCAGUUCUCUCGCUCUACAACCGAUCAAACAUUCAUACCGUAUAAGCAACAAAAACAAUCACCACUUACGCAUGCACUGAGGAGAAAGAAGAGGAAAGCAUUCACAGAAAAGCGGCGCCAAUAUAUUGCAACAAUGCUUCGUCGACCUCCAACAACCCUCACUCUCACCGCCGAAGAUGUAGCCGCAUAUGAAGACCGGCGCUUCGCCUUACAAAAUCAAUCGCAGGCCCAGUCGCAAGCUGAAACCAUAUCGCGCGCUCCUUCGCAUCCAACUCAAUCACUACAGCAAACCCAGACGACUGAAAUGGAUACCUCCUCUUCACCAGUAACACCGUCUUCUCCACCUGCGAACGCAGAAGAUGACGAAGACAUGCGCGACGCCGACGCAGAUGAAGCAGACACAAGCGACCCUUUCAUAACAGCACCACGUCGUGCAGUCCGCGAACAACUACAUGGACGGUCUCAAUCUCCAGGACAGGUGCGAGCCGCAUACCUGCAGCAAAUGCGCGCUACGAGAAGCCAACAUGCUGCCACGAACUCUACUAGCACUACUGCAUCAUCCACCACCACAGGUCCUUCCACCAGAAUGCAGCGCAUCACCGGCGCCACACAACAGCCAAGCACGGCAACUACAAGGGGCGGGGCUGGUACGAGAGCUACGAACGCAAGCAGACAAGGGAGCACCGAACCAGCCGCGCCAUCGGGACCAGCAACCAGACAAAUAAUGACAAGGAGCAGAGAGGAAAGAAUAGGAAUUGCAGGACCGACCACGGGAGGUGGAGCGGGAUCGGGAAUAGGAUCGAGAAGGCGGUAGGACCGGGCUUUUCCGCUGGGCCAGAAAGAAUUACUGCGAAGGAGGAGAGAACGAGCAAGCUGUAAGCUACGUAUAGGCAAACAGCAGUACAAGAAAAGCUCCCUGAUUUACUAUCUACACGCAGCACCUCAGCUUU